GCAGCCUGUGCGUUUGAACGCACCGAGCACCGGAGGGGAUCAUUUCCAUGGACCAUCUGUCUCGCUGUGGCCGCCCGCACAACAAAGAAGGACCCAGGAUGGUGUUAGUACAUGUUGGAUAUCUGGUUCUCCCCGUCUUCGGCUCAGUUAGAAAUAGAGUAUCGAGGCUGGCUCUACAUUCCGCAUUUCUCAGACCUUUGUCCCCCUCCAUUGUGUAGCUAACGAUCAUCUGCUGCUGUCUGCCGUAGCCUCUGCCUGUUCUCUGCAUCUAGCUGUAUUGUGAACCCCCUUCUUCCUCAUUUCCUCUUUUCCAUCUGAAGACGACAUUGGCAUUAAAACAAACCAAACCGAGUUCCCACUCAUACCGUAUCCUUCUGUGUAACCGACUAAAGAAUAACACCUUCUGUAGUAAGCAGUUUGUCUUUAUUUAAACUGUCAUGUUGCUCUUUAGUGAAUAACCCAUUGUAGCGUUUAGACUUUUACUACAGACUGUCAUUGUGAUUCUCCCAUUCAGUGUGGAUAGACUACAUUCUGCUGUAAAUUUCUGUAAAGUGGAUACAUUUUGAUCCUCCCCCCCACCCCCACCCACCCCCCCUGAUUCGAUUACAGCCAGGCUUGAUCGAACCCUUUGGAUAUUUGUGUCAAUCCCCUGUUUUGCUAAGUACCAGCUUUUGUCAUCUACAAAAUUGCUCGUAUGAUCACCUACUCUAAACCAGUUUUACCAAUAAUCCCGCUUUUUUUUCUAACAUUCACCAAUUGGCUUGUACUCGCAGCGCUGAAAUUACAGUGAUUUGUGUGGUGUUAUUUUCACCUGAUGGUCCGCUGCACCUGCUGUAGUGCAAAGCGUCCAAACGGCUGGUCACAAUCCUAUCCAUGUGUGAAAGCCUUUGUUCAUGCGAGCUGAAUUGAUUCUGUCAGUCACAAUAAAUUGGCGAGACUCAGGUCUAACUCAUCUUGCCAUUUUGAAAAUCCCCCCCCACCACUAUCAUUCACAGCCCCCUCUUAAGUCUUCUCCUCAGACACUUCCAGAAUGCUAUCCAUUUUACAGGGAUGUGUAUAUCCUGCACUGCUGUAGAACUCCUUUUAGAAUCAAAAUGUCUUUUUAUUCUUUGGUUGUGGUUCUUUCUACCUUAUGUUCUUGUAUUAGAUCCUAAUGCAUGGUCAUUUUAUACUUUUUGUUUUUCCACAUUGAACAGCAGAUUCCAAUGUAAUCUUUGUGUAGAGAUGCCCCUGCUGUACUGAAAUGUGCUGUAAGCAUACACAUCUACUCAUUGGAUGCUGCUUCUGUUCUGUUAACCCUACAGAGAGCAUGGUCGGGCCUUGCCUUUGGUCUUUAUUUGCAUGAUAUUAUUCUGGUUAUAUUACUCUUAUUAUUACUAUUAUCACACAGUGCCACACAUACUAAUAUUUUCCAAUAAAGACUGUAGUUUUCUUCCUAACCUUCAGUGUGCUUUUUGCUGAUUUCCAUGUGUUCCUCCCUUCCUCCCUCCACACCGUGCUGUCACUGAGACGGUCCCCUCACUCUCUAUGUGCUCUCAUUCUCUCAGCUGUCUCUGACAGAGUUUCUUCAAGUUGCUGCUCUGCUUACUUUGGAGUUGGGGCAACCAAAUUUUCUAUCCAUUCAACAACAAAAAAAGAAAAGCAUGUUUAUACUGAAACACAUCGGCAUUGAUAUUUAAUGUUACACGCUGUCAUUCCCUCUUAUUCCAUACACUAUUAUUUAUAAAACUCAACAAAGCCUCCCUCACAUCCACUCAUUGGUGUUUAUUGGUGUUGAGUUAACAUUGGAACCACUUUGGGCAAAAUGGAUAACCUUCUUCAACAUGGUAAUCUUAUAUUGGGAGCACACUUCACCAGGCAUCACAAUAGCCAUGCUACUUCCUGCCGACACUUUCACCUGGGCGCUCCCCAGGCGCCCAUCUCAGCCGAGUUCCCUCUGGGACACACCAGCCAGCCCCCUCAGACGGGCCUGGCCACCCACCUGCCCCCGGCGCACCAUCCGCCCCUCACUGCCCUGCCUGCACCCCCCCAGUUCCAGGAUGUGCCGGGGCCUCCAUUCCUACCUCAGGCCUUACACCAGCAAUACCUCAUCCAGCAGCAGCUUCUUGAAGCGCAGCACCGCAGGAUCCUCCCGCACUCCAGAAGAACCCAGGAGCGUAUUCCCCUGAACCCUCACCGGCUGCGUUCAGGCUACGAGUUCUCCCCUCCCCUCCAUGUUCCACAGCCAAUGACACAGCAGCCGCGGUACCUGGCUGAAGGCACUGACUGGGACCUGAGUGUGGACGCGGGCAUCCCUCACCACCAGUACCAGCUCCAGCAGCUCCCUCAGCACUAUCAGCAUUACCUGGCCUCCCCUCGCAUGCACCACUUCCCCAGGAACACAUCCUCCGCACAAGUGGUCGUGCAUGAAAUCAGAAACUACCCGUACCCCCAGCUGCACCUGUUGGCCCUGCAAAGUCUGAAUCCUUCGAGGCACGCCACUGCUGUGCGAGAGAGUUACGAGGAGCUGUUGCAGCUUGAAGACCGGCUGGGGAGUGUGAGUAGAGGAGCUGUUCAGACGACCAUCGAGAGAUUCACCUUUCCACACAAAUACAAGAAGAGAAAGCCACUGCAUCUGAAGAUCGGGGAGGAGGAGGAAACCGAUGUGGAUGAGAAGUGUACGAUCUGUUUGUCUAUGCUGGAGGACAAAGAGGACGUCAGGAGACUGCCCUGCAUGCACCUCUUCCACCAGGGCUGCGUGGACCAAUGGCUGGCCACCAGCAGGAAGUGUCCAAUCUGCCGCGUUGACAUCGAAACACAGCUGAACCCUGACAGCUGAUGAGAUUCAAACCACGCACGCACACACACACCCCUCCACACACUUGUCAAUCACCCUUGUGUGGUUCCACGCUUUCUUCCACCCCACCCCACCCCCCACCCCCCACACCCAACUGUCGGGUGCUUUGCCAAAUGUCUCCAGACGUCAUGUGACAUCACCACCCUCCUUCUGACUCAUGCUUUACUGAGCCAAGCCAGGAUAACUAACUGCACGAGAGGCCGCGACAGAGUCUCUUUUAUAUAGAAGCACAUCCCUCUGGAAGCAAAAGAAUGACACACACACACACACACACACACACUACACACACACACACAUCACAUACACACACACACACACACACACACACACACACACAGUCAUGUACACAGGGUUUACUUGUAGCUUGCUGCUCGUCAGUUGGGUGUUGUUGCUGUGGUUGUGUUGUACUGUAGGUAGCCCCGGGCUGUGUAGCAUGUCCUUAAAGCCAUGACUUAAUGUCCCGAGAGUGGAAACAUAACCCCACAGUGAGCUGGCUACUUUCUCCCUCUCUCAUACAUGUAUUAUGAGAGAGUGUAUUAUACAUAUAUAUUUAUAUGUAUAAUACACUCACAUUUAUAUAUAUAUAUAUACAUAUAUAUAUGUAUAUAUAUAUUUCUCUCUUUUCACACACACUUCAACAUAAAUAUUCUGCCACACAAGAAAGCUUACCAGAAACUAAAUGCUCUGAUGCCAUGUUUACCUAAAGAUCAUUUGUGGUCGUAGUAGAGUAGCAGUAACCAACAAGUGAUAUCUGGUGCACAGAUGCCCUCCUGGUGGGCGAGCGCCAGCCUAGCUGAGUGUUUUACUUCUAUCAUGCAGCUUUGACAUUUUUGCAAUACAGUUGUACAUUUACCUUGGGUUGGUGUCAUGUGAGAUGGUGUCGUGUGAGUAGGUCUCUCUGUCACUGCCGCAUAAAACCCAGCCCGGUGACUUGAGUCGUUGUGUGUGUUUUUAACAUUUAAAAAAAAAAAAAAUAAUAGGUAGAGAGUAUUUUACCAAAAUGAAUUUUUGUUUUCACAGUGUAGCUUCAACCUGACGACACGUCUGUGCUCGGCCCUGCUGUGAGUGUGUGGAUGUGGCAAACUAAAAGUGUGGGUGUUGGAAAAGUGCAAAUGUGAGUGUGUGAGUUUAAGGGUUUCAGGCAACAGGUAGACUCACUGUAGGUUAAUGGCCACUGGAGUGCUUAUACAACACGAAGCCCAAAAAAAAACAAACAGGGGGAUGAAUAAAAGAAAGUAUCGUGCACUGCAGAGCGAGGUGGGAGGAAGAUUUAGCCGCUUUUGUACCUGCACCUUCAUCUUGGCGCCGGGCCAGUGGCAGAACGUCGUGAGCUAAAAAUGCAUGUUUCAUCGUCGAGUCGGGCUGUGAGCUUUGCAAGUGUUACUCCAUUUUAACAAAGGUGCAGAGACGGCUGUGCAUGACUUAGUGAUUACUUCUCGACACUAACGAAGAAACAAAAAAAACGAGCACGGCGUCAGAUCCCCUGACUUGUAGCGUGCGUGCAUCUCGUCCCCCUUUGGGCGGCAAAACAUCGGGAUCCUCUUUUCUUUUUGUUUUGAUGUGAACCUUUUGGCCUAAAGAACAAGCACAUGUGACAGUAGUUGCGGUGACAAGUAGUUCUUUUCCUUGGUAUUGCAUUUGGUUCAUAUUUAGGUAUAGAUUCAUGCAGUGUUUUUCAGCAGAGAGAAGAGCUUGUGUAUUGAUCUUGUGUAUUUGUGUGACAGACCUCCCCUCGUGGUUGCUAUGCUGGUUGCUAUGCUGUAUUGCUAGAACAUGUAGAACGUGGUGUGACGGAGGCAGCCUCCCUCUCACAGUGCACACAGACAUGAGACGACACGGCAGCAGGGGAACAUUCAGGCUGUUCGAUCCAGUCUCGCCUGCUUUCACUUCGUUUCACAGGUCCCUGCGUGUUAAUUGCUGCUUUUAGGACCCUCGCCGUCCUAUGCACUGUGAUAAUUAAGAAUAAGACUUGGCCCAGAGUCUCUUUCAGGCCAAGGACCAAUCAAAACAGGAUCCACUUCUCCCUGUCUUGUGCACUGCCAGUGUCGACACUGCCUCCUCCUGUAGUGGAGUCAUCCGUGAUGAAGUUUUCAUAGUUUACACAGGGUGUUGUCAGUUGAGAUGCCUUAAGUAUUUAACAAUCAUAAUUUAUUACUAACUGUAGAUAUUGUGGGUAUGUAUUUAAUUUUGUAUAGUUUUUUUUCUCGGGGGGGCGACUGAAUCAUAAUUUAUUUAUUUAGAAAUAACACAAAAAAUGCUAUGAAAAAAAAACAAUUACCUCAUUUUUGCAUUGUUUUAAAUAGGAAUGCUUUGCAUGCAGUUGUACUUUUUGGAACACUGAAACGAAAACAAAAAAAAACGAUUCACCCUGCUGUUUGACCUCCACAAGCUGGCUGUGCGAUGUUUACUGUCCAAGGCUGAGCUACUGAGCCCGCUCUCCCUCUCUCACUCCCUCUCUCGCUCUCUCGCUCUCUCGUCUCCUCUCUCUCUCUCUCUCUCUCUCUCUCUCUCUCUCUCUCUCUCUCUCUCUCUCUCUCUCUCUCUCUCUUUCUCUCUCUCUGUCUCUCUCUCUCUCUCUCUGUCUCUCUCUCUCUCUCUCUCUGUCUCUCUCUCUUUCUCUGUCUCUCUCUCAUGUGGUGCUGUGGAUCUUGGUUACAUUCCAUUCAAUGCAAUUUCUCAGAUCCCCCAUGCUGUGAUGUAGUGGACAAACUGCAAUGAAGUGAAUUGGUUUUAGUUUGUGACUUCUCUUUUCUUUUGUUUUGCACUCACUUGUUUAAAUAUGGGAACCCUCUCACUGGCAAAAAGGUAGUUUAGAUAAUUUCAAAUUAUCACUAAGAACUCUGGCUUUUUAUUUUAUUUUAUAUUUUCAUUUUAAUGCUCUGCUUCUCACAAUGCACUAUGGGUCUUAAUGAUGAUCAUCUGUGAAGCAUGUUCCUUCGCUUUAACUCUUUUGUGUCGACCUCUUUUCAUUUGAAUUUCUCUGGUGUUUCUCUUCAGUUCGUUUUUUCCAGACUAGUUUGUAGACUUACGCAUAACAAGUGCCUCGCUCUAAGUGUUAGGAGAUAUUUCCAUAUGACUGAAACCAUUAACAAUCAAUCCACGAAGCCACCAUGCCUUAUUGGUCGCCCGGUUAAUUGAAAGAAUGGGUCACGAAGGAGCUAUGACAACAUUUGACAGGUGUCUACAAAAGCCAUUUUCCUCAAAAACUUCCAGUCAAAAUGUCCAAAAUAGCUGCGGGGAAAUAGGUUUAAAGAGGCAUCUUUCACUGUGGGCUUUACAAAUACUCCACUCACCUUUCGUUCCUUCAUUUCUCCCUUCUCCCUAUCUUCCAUCUCCUAUUCUCUCCAUUUCUUAUUUUGAUUUCACCGUCCAUCCCUCCUCUCUGGAUCUAUCCUCGGUUUCCUUUCACAGUCUAAAAAGGAAGGCAAGGAUUUUAAAGCACAACCUUUUUCUAAAAAUGCAUGUUUUCUCAGGUUUCAAUAUAGUCUCAAUGGUUUAAUAGUAUAUGGUGAAAAUAUAUACAAAGAAUAUAACAGAAAAAAAACUAUUAAUUUUGUUGCUGCUUGAAUCUGAAAAACAAAACUGAAGAGAAAAAUCCCAAAAAGUGCCAGUGAAAGGGCUGCCGCCAUCCUCGUAUGAAAAUCUGCUGUUUAGCUGUGACUGCGCAAUGUUUUUCAAUAUAGGAUAUUUUACCUGAAAAUAGAACUAUUUAUCAUUAAUAUUAAAGCAAUAGCGCAUUAAUGGUGAUGAGUGUGUUAAUGAAGAAAUGGAUGAGCAUAUUAUGGGUAAAUGUUAGAUUCACAUUUGGUGGAAUUUUGUACUUUAUUUAUUAUUACUAAUAAUAAUAAUAACGGUGAUGAUUUCAAAAGUUGCAUUGCUAAACCCAAACUGUUCUGUUUUUUUAAUUUGACUUUUAUUUCAUGGCUUGUAUAUUAUCCUUUUGUAUGUGCUCUUUUUGUAAUAAAUUGGAUAAAAUUGA